AGACUCGUUAUUAUAAUUUGAAGCAUUAACUGCGGCCACAAGUUACCGCAUACAGAAACUUUAUUUCAACUUGUCACGUUAUAUACAUGCGUAACGUAAAAGUUUACCUAAAUAUAAAUGUAAAGUAUUUGAGAUAAGCGAGUAUCCUUCGUUCGACAAUAAUCCUCCUAAAUCGUGUCGGAUUCAUAAAAUUAUCUUACUUCGUGCUCUCGAUUGUACGUACAAUUUUAUUUCGAUUUACAGACAUUGGCACACUUGCGACUGCUCGAUAAGAUAAUGAUGAGUAUCAUUGACUCGAGGGUCGUAUACUUGCGAAAUCUAUAAUCCUUUUGGGAGUAGAAAAAUAUGGAUCCUUAACUAUCGAUUUGGAUGCGGCUUAGAAAAUGUGAAAAUAAAAGAGUAGAAGAGAGAGAGAGUGUGUGUGUGUGAGAGAGAGAGAAAGAGAGAGAGAGGGAGAGAGAAAAGUAAAGGUGUUUGCUCUCGUUCAUGCUCGAACAACAACCCUCUUCUUCUUUCGAAGCGUUGCGAAGGUCACCCUUAGCGAAGUCGACGUGCCAUCGAUAAUGGAAAGGGAAAAGAAGAGAGGAGAGAAGGGAGAAUAUAAGAGGAAAAAAAGAAAUAUGCGGAAACACGAAAAAACGUCAAACAAUACCCUGGAGCAAGAGAUAACGCUUCGAGUCACUGGUAGAAGCACGUAGGUGGGGAACACAAAACACACAGACACGAUGCGGAAUAAAUAGUGGUGUGAAAUCGAGCGGAAUUCAGUCGCACUUCUGGUGUACUAUCGUCGUUAACGUUUUUCUAUACACGAGAACGCAGUACGGGAGCAUCGCAAGGAUCGAUCGAUCAUAGUGUGACUCACUCGACGUGGAAUUAAAUAGGGAAAAAAAAAAGAGAGAAAAGAGAGAGAGAGAUAAAGUUCCUUCAGAAUUGAUAACACAUAUGAGAGUCUCGUUAGUGAACGGACAAUUAUCAGUAUCAGCACGAUUGUCCUUGCUAAAUCAUGCUCCUAGUGACCCUUUUUCUUUUUUUUCUUCAUCCCUUAGUGAACGGCGACUCUUGCGGGUCGAAUUGCGAAAAAACCGAGAGACCGAAAAGAGUCUUCAACAUUUAUUGGAACGUUCCUACUUUUAUGUGUCACCAAUACGACUUGUACUUCGACGAGGUGACAAAUUUUAAUAUAAAACGUAACUCUAAGGACGAUUUCCAGGGAGAUAAAAUUGCAAUUUUUUAUGAUCCUGGAGAAUUUCCGGCUUUGUUGUCACUCAAAGAUGGCAAAUAUAAGAAAAGAAACGGAGGAGUACCUCAAGAAGGUAACAUCACGAUACAUCUUCAAAAAUUUAUCGAAAAUUUGGAUAAAAUUUAUCCAAAUAGAAACUUCAGUGGUAUCGGUGUGAUCGAUUUUGAAAGAUGGAGGCCAAUCUUUCGACAAAAUUGGGGCAAUAUGAAAAUACAUAAGAAUUUUUCGAUAGAUUUAGUUCGCAAUGAACAUCCAACCUGGAAUAAAAAGAUGAUCGAAUUGGAGGCAUCUAAGAGGUUCGAGAAAUAUGCCAGAUUUUUUAUGGAAGAAACUUUGAAAUUGGCCAAAAAAACUAGGAAGCAAGCUGAUUGGGGUUAUUACGGAUAUCCCUAUUGCUUUAAUAUGUCGCCUAAUAAUCUCGUCCCGGAAUGUGACGUUACAGCGAUGCACGAAAACGACAAGAUGUCGUGGCUAUUCAAUAAUCAAAAUGUACUUCUACCAUCCGUCUACGUUAGACAAGAGUUAACCCCGGAUCAAAGAAUUGGUUUAGUACAAGGAAGAGUGAAGGAAGCUGUUAGGAUCUCGAAUAAUUUGAAACAUUCACCGAAAGUGCUCUCUUAUUGGUGGUACGUGUAUCAGGACGAAACGAACACUUUUCUUACCGAGACCGACGUGAAAAAAACUUUCCAAGAGAUAGUGAUUAACGGUGGGGAUGGUAUCAUUAUAUGGGGUAGCUCGUCCGACGUAAACAGCUUAAGUAAAUGUAAGAGAUUGCAGGACUAUUUGUUGACAGUUUUGGGACCAAUCGCGAUUAACGUGACAGAAGCCGUCAACUAAAGAUUACCCCUAAACUUUUAGUACAAUCUAUAAUCUCUUGCCGAUGGUGAUCGGUGCAUUCAGUGAUCUGCUUUGUGAAUACUACUGGUACUACAACGAUACCAUCACAUUGAAAAGACUUUUCACAAAAACAAAAAAGAAAUAGAAAACUAUAAUUUAUAAGUCUGCAACAUCAACUACCAAAGAAAGAAGAUAAUUAAUAAUCUAAUUAGUAAAAAUAAUUAGUAUAUACCAAAGAAUAAUACGUACUCUCGACGUCCAUACCUGUACUUAAUCUAAUUUCUUCUUAACAAAUACCAAUAAAUGUAUUACUUUCGCGCUAAAA